CCCUCGGUGGUGAUGUCACCGGCUCAGUUGAAGCUCCAGCAUCCUCACCCAAAGACAGGGAGACAACAGAGCCAUUUUUAAACCGCUUUUAGUGUGUGAAGAAGCGGACUGAACCAUCCGAACAACCCGUCCUUCCUUUAGUUAGAGUCCUCCUGCGAGUGGCAAGUCGAGACAAGGGCAGAGGGGAGGAGGGCUGGCUGGUUUGGUUACAAGGCGACGGUAACCUUCCCGUUUUCAUGGAGAGGAGAGGCUGUUAGCAGAGAGGGGCAGUGCCAGACCUGGAGGAGAGCAGAGGAGGUGGAAGGAGCUACGGAGCUGGAUAAUAAAGCAGACGACAAACACACGGGUUAUACACACUGCGGAGACCUGCAGGCUCCUACACCUGGCCACUAAAGAAGGCACCCCAAGGUGCUAGGAAAACAGCACCAUGGCAGGGGCCUCUGUAAAGGUGGCGGUGCGUGUCCGCCCUUUCAACUCAAGGGAGAUAGGAAAAGAAAGCAAAUGCAUCAUUCAGAUGUCUGGAAACACCACCACCAUCAUCAACCCCAAGCAGGCCAAAGACAACAAGAGCUUCAACUUUGAUUACUCCUAUUGGUCCCACACCACGCCCGAGGACAGCAAUUAUGCCUCUCAGAUGAAAGUGUACAAAGAUAUCGGAGAGGAAAUGUUACUGCACGCCUUCGAGGGCUACAACGUCUGCAUCUUCGCUUAUGGUCAGACGGGCGCUGGCAAGUCCUACACCAUGAUGGGGAAACAGGAUGUCAAGGAUCAACAAGGAAUCAUUCCCCUGCUGUGUGAAGAUAUUUUCGUGAAGAUCAGUGACAAUACAGACAACAGCAUGUCUUAUUCUGUGGAGGUGAGCUACAUGGAAAUCUAUUGUGAACGAGUGCGGGACUUACUGAACCCCAAAAACAAAGGAAACCUGCGUGUUCGGGAACAUCCUCUGAUGGGACCUUACGUGGAGGACCUGUCGAAACUGGCCGUCACGUCCUACAAUGACAUCCAGGACCUGAUGGACUCUGGCAACAAAGCCAGGACCGUGGCUGCCACCAACAUGAACGAGACAAGCAGUCGCUCGCACGCUGUCUUUAACAUCAUAUUCACUCAGAAACGCCAUGACGCUGACACUGAUAACACCUCAGAGAAGGUCAGCAAAAUAAGUUUGGUGGAUUUGGCUGGCAGCGAGAGGGCAGAUUCGACUGGAGCCAAAGGGACGAGGCUUAAGGAAGGAGCAAACAUCAACAAAUCUCUGACUACACUGGGCAAAGUCAUCUCUGCUCUUGCAGAAGUGGACUCCAUGUCGAAUAAGAAUAAAAAGAAGAAGAAAGUAGAAAGCUUCAUCCCCUACAGAGAUUCAGUUUUGACCUGGCUGCUAAGAGAAAAUUUGGGGGGUAAUUCUCGCACUGCGAUGGUAGCUGCCCUGAGCCCGGCUGACAUCAACUACGAUGAGACCCUCAGCACACUCAGGUACGCAGACCGCGCCAAACAGAUUCGCUGUAACGCUGUGAUCAACGAGGAUCCCAACAACCGGUUGGUGCGCGAGCUGAAGGAUGAGGUGUCUCGUCUGAAAGACCUCCUCUACGCCCAGGGCCUGGGUGACAUCAUUGAGACAUAUCGAGCAACCGGUGCUGACAUAGAGGGUUUGAAAUUGACCAAUGCCAUGACGGGGAUGAGUCCCUCUCCGUCUCUCUCAGCCUUGUCCAGCCGUGCAGGAUCCAUCACCAGUCUGCAUGACCGCAUCAUGUUCAGCCCAGGCAGCGAAGAGGCCAUCGAGAGGCUGAAGGAAACAGAGAAAAUCAUUGCUGAACUCAAUGAGACCUGGGAAGAGAAACUUCGCAGAACAGAAGCCAUUAGAAUGGAAAGAGAGGCCUUGCUGGCAGAAAUGGGUGUAGCAAUGCGAGAAGACGGUGGGACAGUUGGUGUGUUCUCUCCAAAGAAGACACCUCAUCUUGUGAACCUCAAUGAGGAUCCUCUGAUGUCUGAGUGCCUGCUGUACUACAUUAAAGACGGGAUCACCAGGGUAGGUCGUGAGGACGCCAGCAGUCGUCAGGAUAUAGUCCUCAGCGGCCACUUCAUCAAGGAUGAGCACUGCACAUUUACCAGUUCUACUGGUCCAACAGGAGAAACGGUUGUCCUAGAGCCGUGUGAAGGAGCUGAGACUUACGUCAAUGGCAAGAGAGUGACAGAGCCCACUAUCCUCAAAUCAGGAAAUCGCAUCAUCCUGGGGAAGAGCCAUGUGUUCCGGUUCAACCACCCUGUGCAGGCCAGAGCUGAAAGGGAGCGGACCCCAUGUGCCGAAACCCCUGCUGAGCCUGUGGACUGGGCUUUCGCCCAGAGGGAGCUGCUGGACAAACAGGGCAUUGACAUGAAACAGGAAAUGGAACAAAGGCUUCAAGAGUUGGAGGAUCAGUAUCGCAAAGAACGAGAGGAGGCCAACAACCUUCUGGAGCAGCAAAGACUGGAUUAUGAGAGCAAGCUGGAGGCUCUUCAAAAGCAAGUGGACAGUUACUACCCAGAAGUCCCUGAAGAAGACGAAGAGCCAGAAGAGGAAGUGCAAUGGACAGAGAGGGAAAGAGAGCUGGCUGUUUGGAGCUUUCGUAAAUGGAGAUGCUACCAGUUCACCUCUCUGCGUGAUCUAUUAUGGGGGAAUGCCAUCUUCCUUAAGGAGGCCAAUGCCAUCAGUGUUGAACUCAAGAAGAAGGUCCAGUUCCAGUUUGUGCUCCUCACAGACACUCUCUACUCCCCGCUGCCUCCAGACCUGUUGCCCACUGAGGCGAGUAAGGACAGAGAGAUACGACACUUCCCACGUACUAUCGUGGCCGUGGAGGUGCAGGAUCAGAAAAAUGGAGCCACUCAUUACUGGACAUUAGAAAAACUAAGACAGAGGCUCGAUCUCAUGAGAGAGAUGUACGAUCGCGCUGCUGACGUGCCCAACAAUACCACUGAAGACUGUGAAAAUGUGAUGACCGGAGGGGAUCCCUUUUAUGAUCGUUUCCCCUGGUUCCGUCUGGUUGGCAGAAACCCCAUUUUCAACACAUGCAUGAGCGAGCGCAUGAGUGAUCCCACCCCGUCCCCGACCCUCUCCAACUCUGAAAUUACUGAGCUGGCUGACCCGCAGCGGGAGGGUCGAGGGGAGGAGGAGGAGGAGUUGGAAGAGUUGGAUGACCUGGACGAUGAUAUCUUUUUGGACGACCCGUGCUUGGAGCUCGGGGGAGAGGAUGAUGAUGAUGAUGAUGAUGAUGAUGAUGAUGGUGAUGAUGAUGAUGAUGAUGAGGGAGAGCUCUGCCGAGGCUCCAGCGAAGGCCUGGAUCCCUUUUACGACCGCUCACCAUUAUUCAGUGUAGUGGGAAGGGCUUUUGUUUAUCUGAGUAACCUGCUGUACCCGGUACCUCUCGUCCACCGCGUUGCCAUCGUCAGCGAGAAGGGCGAAGUGAAGGGUUUCCUCCGAGUGGCGGUGCAAGCCAUAUCAGGUGCUUUGUGUUUCCCUCCAGCUGAUGAGGAAGCUCCAGACUAUGGCUCAGGAGUGAGGCAGUCCGGCACUGCCAAGAUCUCAUUUGAGGAUCAGCAAUAUGAAAAGUUCCAGUCUGAGUCCUGCUCUGUAGGUCUGUCUCGUACAGGGGUUUCCCAGGAAGAGCUUCGUAUCGUGGAGGGAGAGGGUCAGAAUGCAGAAAUGGGCCCCUCAGCCGAUGAGGUCAACAACAACACAUGUGCGGCUGGUGCGGAUGAGCUGGAGAUUCCACUGAAGGCCGGUCUGGACGGCUCUCUUGACACAACCCUGGAGCACCUGAGGAUCGGUAACGUCUUUACCUUCAGGGUGACUGUCCUGCAAGCCUCCAGCAUCUCUGCAGAAUACGCUGACAUCUUCUGCCAGUUCAAUUUCAUUCAUCGCCAUGAUGAGGCCUUCUCCACUGAGCCCCUAAAAAACACAGGCCGCGGCCCCCCUCUUGGCUUCUACCAUGUGCAGAAUAUUGCUGUUGAAGUUACUAAAUCCUUUGUUGACUACAUCAAGACUCAGCCAAUUGUGUUUGAGGUGUUUGGACACUACCAGAAACAGCCUUUCCUUCCACUCUGUAAAGACGUCAUCAGUCCACUACGUCCCUGCAGAAGACAGUUCCCACGAGUGAUGCCUCUGUCCAAACCAGUACCCGCCACCAAGCUGACAGCUAUGACCCGCCCGCAGGCAGGACCCUGCCACAGCAAAUAUGAUCUCAUGGUGUUCUUUGAAAUCUGCGAGCUGGAGGCCAAUGGAGACUACAUACCUGCAGUGGUGGACCACAGAGGAGGAAUGCCUUGCCAUGGCACAUUCCUACUUCACCAGGGCCUCCAGAGGAGAGUCACUGUUACCAUUGUACACGAGUCAGGAGGUGACAUGGAGUGGAAAGAUAUCCGCGAGCUUGUUGUGGGACGUCUCCGCAACACCCCCGAAGCUGAUGAGACCAUCAUUGACCCCAAUAUUCUUUCUCUCAACAUCUUGUCUGCUGGGUAUGUCAGGCCCAUGCAAGACGACCGACAGUUUCUUGAUUCGGACAUGCCUAGCAUUUCCUUGGGACUUGACCAUAGGACUUUCUUCCGCUUCGAGGCCGCUUGGGACAGCUCCAUGCACAACUCCCUGCUACUAAACCGAGUCACUCCGUAUGGAGAGAAGAUUUACAUGACCCUCUCCGCAUACUUGGAGAUGGAGAACUGCACCCAGCCCGCAGUCAUAACCAAAGAUAUCUGCAUGGUGUUUUACUCUCGAGACACAAAGCUCUCAGCUUCUCGCUCCAUCCGAAACCUUUUCGGUACUGGAAGCCUGAGAGCAGCAGAUGGAAACCGUGUAACUGGAGUUUAUGAGGUCAGCUUGUGUAACCUUGCAGAUGCAGGAAGCCCAGGUAUGCAGAGGAGACGCAGGCGGGUGCUGGACACCUCUGUAGCCUACGUCCGUGGAGAGGAGAACCUGGCUGGGUGGAGGCCCCGUAGUGACAGCCUCAUUCUGGACCACCAAUGGGAGCUAGAGAAACUCAGCCUCCUUCAGGAUGUGGAGAAGACCAAACAUUACCUUCUGCUGAGGGAGAAACUGGAGUCUACUUUGCUCAUGGGCCAAGAGUCCCUGCUGUCCUGUGUCACUGAGGAGCUGAGUGAGUCUCCUCAGCCUCCCGAGGUCGACCAAGGUGUCAGCGCCAACUCUGAAAUCACCACUGACAGGCAGAGGGAGCUUGCUGCCAAGUGUUUGCGGCUGCUCACUCACUCCUUCAACCGAGACUACAGCCACGUGUGUGUCAGCGCCAGUGAAAGCAAGAUCUCAGAGAUGUCCGUCACAACGUUAAAAGAGUCCGCUUCGAUCUCUGCUCUCAACACAAUCACACCCUCCUCGACAUGCCCUUCGCUGGUUGAGGGUUGCUAUGGAAACUCUGAACUCAGACCCCCCACGCCUCGCUCUCGUGCCGUAAGCCCCAUUCCUGAGACACCACAAGACGCAGAGGCCAAGAAGCCCGUCAAUGGAGCCUCUGAAACCAAACCACCUCGGGUCCGCAGAUUUGUUCCUGAUAUCCAGGAGAUCAGAGUCAGCCCCAUCGUGUCAAAGAAGGGUUACAUACAUUUCUUGGAGCCACACACCAACGGUUGGGUGAAACGCUACGUCGUUGUUCGCCGGCCGUACGUCUACAUCUACAACACAGAGAGAGACACUGUGGAGCGGGCCAUCCUCAACCUCUCCUCUGCCCAGGUGGAGUACAGCGAGGACCAGCAGGCGAUGCUGAAGACCCCGAACACAUUUGCCGUGUGUACAGAACAUCGUGGGAUAUUACUUCAAGCCACUAAUGACAAAGAGAUGCACGACUGGCUCUACGCGUUCAAUCCUCUCCUCGCGGGAACUAUCAGGUCAAAGCUGUCAAGAAGACGAGCCGGACAGAUGAGGAUGUGACUCUGAGAGAAGGAUGAACGCAAAGACUAAGAUGUACAUAGGUCCUUGUCCUUAUCCCUCCCCUUGUGCUGAGCUCCCAACCCCCUCCCGACUCCCCCACUACCACAGUCACCAACAACCAUCUUUCCCCCUGUACGUUCUCAGUUUAUCACUAGUGUCCUCAGCACCUAAAGCGCCCAUUUCCUGUCAGGCCUUUGCUGCGGUGUGAGUCUCGUAGUCUGAAAAAACCUCUUCUGUCACUGUACUGUACUGGAAUUUAUUCAUAGCUGGACGAAUGAAGAAAAUGGAGGAAGUAGCAACAAUUUCUUAUCUCAGAUUACAUACGUAUGGUAAUGUACUGUAGUUGUUGUCAGUGACACAUCAAGCCUUAUACAUUUACUCCUUUAAAAAGAAAAAAAAAAAAAAAAAAAAAAAAAGCAGUGACAUUUAUUUUUACCUGAAGCUGCCAUGUCGGCGAGGAUCACAUCGCUACAUUUGCAUCGGUAAAUAGACAAACAUGCAGAUUCUUCUCUACUCUACAACUAUAUAUACACCGUGUCUAAACUGGUUUGCAUACAACGUACAGCUAGAAAAUACACGCUAAAAGAAGAAAAAAAUGACAGUUGAGUGUAACUCUAAAAAAUAUUUCCUCUUUUCUUUGUGGUCCUGACAUUGAGUAAUCUGCCUCCUAUUCCUAAAAACUUGUUUAAAACGUUAGCACACGCAGUCUGGCAAAGGAAUGGCAUAUCAUCAUAGACUUCAUGUUCUUGUGGCAUUUCAUGUCGUUUUAGCUACUUGUAGGAGCACCGAGGGUAUCUACAUUCACACGACAAGUAAUCAAAUAUCAUCACCAUUAAUCCUCUCUCAAUUUAAUCUCAUUCUCUACCUGAAUUUUAUUUCUUUUAAAAUGUGAUAUAUUUAGAUAUUUAACAGCUUUAUUAUUUAUUUCUGCAUGUAUUUAUUUACAAAGACAUUUAUAUUUCUAAAGUAGUAGUACCGUGCAAUUUCUGCACACUGCACUUUUUAAUAUGAGUUCCUUAACUGUUGAGAUAAUACAACCUCGUCCCCCUUGUAGUUAAUGCUAUUUAAAGACAUUUAUGAUUGGCUACUUCUUUGUGCUGAAGAUUACUUGAAUAACACUAUCCCCUUUUUCAAGAUUCGGAUAGUCACACCUGACCUUUGACCCAGCUAAAAGUCAAUAAAUUGUUAGGUACAGAAUGUUAGGGUGGUCCAUCCUCACCUGCACAAAGCUACCUUGUUCAAUGAUCAAAAGUAUAAACUGUUCCUCACAGUACAGAAUAAGAAGCUGGUUUUCUGAAUGAUAUGUAUAUUGAUUAAAUGUAGUGCCUCUCUUUUCAGUCAUACUGUACAGGUAUGCCUUUGCACCAGUUGCUUUGAAACUACAUUCUUCAUGCUGCUAUAAUACUGUUCUGGAAGUGUGUGCAGAUCAUAAUCGCAUCACUUUCCUGCUUUUCAUCAUCAUCACUUUCAUAUACAGUCAAAAAAAUGUAUAGUGUAUGUAAACGCUUCAUAAUACGGCAAUCAGCUGUUGUAUAUUUCCAUAACACAGAGCAUACUUAAUGUUUAUACAUUUUUAAAAACCUACUACUAACAUAUUUCAGGCCUGUCAGGAGGCAUAUUGCUUUAUCUUUUAAAUAAGUGUGCUUUAAGUGGAACAAAUCAAUGACAGUAUCAAAGUGUGCACUGUGCAUUUCAUUCAAACUGACUAUGAAUCUCAAACUGAACUAACUAGUAACAGAUCAAGCUUGUGAGAUGUUGUGUGAAGUUUUAACGAUGAAGCAUGCCUCAGGUCAGCCAGCCUAGAGAGCGUGCUCACUGACAGAAGUGACAUUUCACUUACAAACAAGGACGUCUCGAAGCAUUCAACUGUGACACAAAGACAAAGAAGAAAGAAUGUUGCACAGUAGGUUUUAGCAGGGGAUUAAACUGUAACAGCAUUUCAGCAGGUUUAUAUUUUUGCCUCUGGGGUAAUCCCCGUAAUAUAUUAAUGCACGAAAAAGCACAUUUCCUGAAAGUGUAAAGUAUUCUCUGUGUUGUGGAUCCGAUCAAACCAUUUUACAUGCGUGCACGACCGUCAGUAGUUGUGGUUAAUCAGUCCCGUGUCUGUUAAAUAUCUUCAGUUUGUUGGGUGAUCGUAGAUUUUACUUGGCACUGCAGAGACUGCAGUUGUAUUUUAUCCAGCUAUAGCAUCAUCAUUGAGGGAAAACCCAGCUGUACUGUACUAUAAACUGUCUCAAGCACUCAUUUCUGUCUCAUUUUCAUUAAAACCAAAUCUUAAAACAUGAGCCCGGGGAUUGCUCCAGUCUGAUCUCUAUGGUGAGAUUAUUCCUCUCUGUUUUCUUUUGUGACUUAAUGUACGUUACAUUUGAGCCAACCAACAUUUUGUUGGUGCAGUCACACACACAGACAAAAAAAAAAUCACACUGAAUGUACAUUGAUAUUUGAAAAUACUUAUUCUGCAGGAGUUUUUGACUCUUCGUCUCUCUUCGUCUUCUGGUUUCACAGUCUGGUUCCUUAUUGAUUGUAGGUAGGUUACUAUCAGGGAACCAAACGGAGGUUGAGGGAUAUACUUGUAAUAAUCUGUCCACCGACAUGUGGGGGGAAGGUUGGUUCAUCAUCUUAUUUCAGUAUCUACCUUCACCACCAUCCUCUGACAGCCUUCACAAAAUCUACUUUUUCUAAUCCCUCCCCUGCCCUUUAAAGAAAUAUCAUUUCGUUUUGUGCUUCCACAUUUAAUCUCUUUUUUUUCUUCUUCUUUUUUUGUUUUGCACUAUCAAAUUGCACCGGUACAUUUAUUUUUUCUUCUUCACAUUUUUUUUUUUUGCAUUGUAUAUAAACAUGAUUGCUGUGAACAGUGUAUUAUAAACUUGCACCCAUUUACGAAAUCUGAAAAAAUGGGCAGUAGUUCAGUCAGUGUCUCUGAGUGUUGGAGUUUAGCGUCAAAUGUUUGUGUACACUAAACACAUUGUCAUAUAUUAAAUAAACAUGGAAAUUAUGCAACA